AUAAAGCUAAAAAACACAAAGAAUGCUUUAUAACUACCCACUAAGCUACAAUGCCGUUUCUUUUGGCGGGACCCUUUCUUCUCUGUCCUUAACAAUAUUUUCUGCGCAGAUGAAAACCCCAACAAACGCGCUUCUUCCAAGUCAUGCCUGCUUCUUCCAACUAGUUCUCUUUCAUCAAUCCAACACACCAAUUUUCUUUUCCUAAAACCCCACAAAAAGAAAAAAAAAAAGAAAAUCAAAAAUCCCAACUUUUCCAUCUUCACCAUUGUUCUUUCAGUUGUUUUCUCUCUCCUCAAUUUCACCUUCCUGAUUGCGAAAUCUUCAUCAAGAAAUUGCUUAUGGGGGACGAAUUUCCAAUUCACCUGCAGGAACCAGCCUAUGGAUAUGGAAUUUUGUGAAGGUCAAACUCACAGUUGUUUUGGGUUGGGUAGAUGUAAUUGCGUGCUAUGCACUUUGUUGUAUUCAUCGACCUUUCUUUUCAAUAAAGAAUGGCCGAGGAAAUCAAUGAUAAGACUGUAGCACCUGAAGAUAUGGAGCUGCAGACUGGUGACAUAAUGAUGAAUCUUGAACCAUCAGCCAAGGAGGAUAGCGAUAUCAUCAAUUAUCAGAAUAAAAUGGAAUCUGGCAGUGUAGCUGAGGAAGAAGCAGAUAAAUCUGCUGAUGGAGCAAAUAGUUCUGCAAUCAAGGAAGAAGUAGAAUAUUUGAGAGUUGAUUGUGAUAUUGCAGAGGGUCUUGUCAAGAACUCCCCAACUGAUCAGCUUAGAAAAAAACCUGCUUUGGUUAUUAUUGGUUCAAAUCAUAAGUUCAAUGUCCAGUCUCGUUAUCUUAGUGAUUCACUUGGUUCCUGCCAUGAUCACUGCAAAUAUGGUCAUAAACAUGAGUCAGAGAAGAAGACUAAAAAACUGAUGUUGGGAACAAUUAGAGAAGGCCAAACAAUGAAGACGACGACUAGUGAUGACCUGGAUAAAAGUGUACUGGAGAGAGUGACCAAGAAGAAAGAACUACAUCGACGCGUAUCUCUUUCAGGACCUAUACCUGAGAAAGCUCCUGCAAUGCAUAUGGAGGAGAAGAAUCGUUCAAAGAAAGACAUGAAUCAGCCCAAGAUGAAGCGUGAACAGAGUGAAACAAAACCAACUUCAGUUUUAAGUCCUGAAACUUCAAGCAGAAGUAAGACUCAAAGCUCAAAUUUGCAGAAAAGCGCGAGUCCAAAGGUGAAAGAAAUCAAGACACGGAAGGAAGUAGCCAGCCAUAGCAAGGGUGAAAAGGUGAUCAAAGCAAAAGAGCCUAUGAGUAGCUCUCCGAAGAUAGCACUAAAGAAGGAAGGUAAGUAUAUCCCAGGUGUAAAGGAGAUUAAAGCUAAGGAGCCAAUGACUAACUCUCCAAAGACACCCCUAAAGAAAUCUCCGAGUAUGAAAGCAAGACUGUACAAGAAUCGCAAGAGUUCUUCUAACUCAAAAAUUCAGAUUAACCCUGAAGAAGCCAGAGUUGGUGGAGAUGAUGAUAUUCACGAGAAAACAUUGGAUAUGAUUGAAUCAAAUUCCAAUAAAGAACCAAAAGGGAGGACUUCAAAGGCCAUUCUCUCUGGUGAAAGUCCACGAAGUGCUUCUCGGACAACUCGUACAGGCAAAAUCCAAGGAUCUAAAGGUAACCGAAAAGGAAGUGGGGUCAGUCUGUUGUCUUCCUCAUCGCAAGAGUCUUCUCGGCCUCAUGGAAAGGAACGGCAAGGUUUAGACGCUACAAAGAAGAAACAGACUGGUAUUGAAAAAGAAGAUGGCGGGUCAAAAACCAGCACUCCAAGAGCAAAAUCAACUGUGAGCCGCAGAUUGAAAAAUCUGGACUUCAAAAGUACCAAACAGAUUGACACAAAAUCCAACACUUCAAGAGCAAAAUCAACUGUAGACCACAAGUUGAAGCCGAAAAGGACUGAGAAAAAUCCCGAAGAGAAAGAUGGUUCAGCCUGGAAGGUUAAAUUUAAGAGAGGGACUGUGGUUGCCCUCCAGGUUGCUAACAAUGCUCCAAAGAAACUCCGAUUUAAGAGAGGAAGAACAUUGGGUGAGGACCAAAAUGCAAAGGGUGAGGUUGAUAGAAAAUUGAAGGAGGAUAAGAUGGAAAAUGAACCACAUGGUACCAAAACUGGACCCGAGAAAGUUCGUUUGAGACACCAAGAAGCAUCAGAGAAAAAAGACGAUGUAGAUUUGAACAAUGUGAUUGAAGAAACUGCAAGCAAGCUUGUCAAGACUAGGAAAAGCAAGGUUAAAGCUCUGGUAGGUGCUUUUGAAACUGUAAUGUCUCUCCAUGAUCGCAAACGUAUGGUUGAAACUAAUGCCUCCUGACUUGCAAAAGCAUGGUAAGUAUUAUAUAGCUUUUCUUCUGUACAGUAGUAGCUUUAUAAUGGGGUGACAUGGUGUGAAAAUAGCCACAUUUGUGAUUUCAUUAUAUUCCCAUUUGGAGAUGUAUGUAUUUGUUUGAGCUCACAAUAUUUGUAAAUUGGCGGGAAAUUUGGAGCUGAUUUCUUGAUUUAUACCAAUGCUUCAUUUUAGAAGCUAUUGUUUGUUGUU